AUGGCGUCAACGUCAGGGGCAAGUCUCGCCCACCGCAGCGUCUCUAACAUUCGCGCCGGCGGUGUCCGGUCGCCUGGGGGCAGCGGUGCCGGCGCUGCAGGCCCCUCCAGCCCGCACACACCCUUGCGAACGAUAUCCUCGACGUUCGGCUCGCCGUCGAGCCUCCGCGCCGAAGAGGACACCAUCAUCAUCGAGCUCGGCGCCCGCAAAGUCCAGGUCGGGUUCGCAGGGGACCCGGUUCCCAAGGCCGUCGUCACGUUCGGGCCAGAGCAGCAGCGCAGGGUCGGCGACUUCCGGGCGUGGCAGCCGGGCGGGCAUGCGGACGACGACUGGAGGAAGAGGGGGGACUCGGCCUGGGGCCGAGACCACGAGCUGUGGCAGCUGGAUGUGCGCGGGCUGGAUCUGGGCCUUGUAGAGGAUAAGCUCGAGAGGGGGCUGAGAGAAGCCUUCUCCAAAUACCUCCUCAUGGACUCUCGGCCGCGAAAGAUGACUCUCGUCCUACCGCCAGCGCUACCGCUACCGCUGCUGUCCACCACACUGGAUACUCUCUUCAACCGCUUCCAGUCUCCUCUAAUAUCUCUAACGUCGAGCGCAGUCAUGUGUGUGGUUGGUGCCGGGACUCGCUCGGCUUUGAUAGUUGAUUUUGGCUGGGCGGAGACUGUCGUGACCAGUGUCUACGAGUACCGGGAAGUACAUUGCAGCAGGAGCGUCCGAGGAGGCAGGAUGCUUAUGGACCGAGUUCAUAGGCUCUUUGCUGGCGCUUUAGGCCAUGAGGGGGGUCCGCCGACAAAAGAAGAUGCCAAGGCCAAGCCGCAGAGCCGUCAUCUGAGCUUCGAAGAAUGCGAGGAGAUUGCCACAAGGAUGCUCUGGUGUAAAACAACAGCUUCCAGCUCGGGGAGACCAGGAGCAAGUUCUUUACCCACCGUCGCGGAGCAAGACGAGGACCAAGCAGCUUCGAGUGAGCAGAGCGCCCCGGCAAUCGCCCAGAUACCCCUGAAGUCUACAACGCCACCCACCACCAUCACCCUUUCAUAUGAUCAACUCACCGAGCCGUGUGAAAGUACCUUUUUCGAGGCCCAAUACUCAGCAACCAGUUGGGACGACCAUGAACUUCCCAUUUCCCUCCUAAUCUACCACCACCUCUUGCACCUGCCCAUGGACGUGCGCGCCAUCUGCAUGUCCCGCCUCAUCUUUACGGGCGGCUGCGCCAACGUCCUCGGCCUGCGCAAGAGGAUAUUCAACGAGGUCUCACAGCUGAUCGAGACGAGGGGCUGGGACCCCGUGCAGGGCAAGGGCGUCGAGCAGCUUAGGGCGAACACGAAGCUGCAGAGGCGGGGGAGCAGACCGGCAGGCGACGGCCCGACGCCGGUGCCCGAGAUGACCAGUGAGGAUGGGCCGGCGGUCCAACCCCCAUGGCCGCCCAACCCCCUGGCGGAGUUCAACAACUUGGAGCAGGAGGUCCAGCGGUACAGGGAGACGGCUCCUCUCAGGGUCCGGGGCCAGCUGAGGGCUGUCGAGUCGCUCGGGGCCUGGAGCGGAGCCAGCCUGUUGACCCAGCUUAAGGUGCCAGCAAUAGCUACGAUAGACCGUGAGCUGUGGCUGCAACAUGGCGCCGCCGGCGCGUCCCGGCCAAGCGAUGUCGAUUUCAAGACGCAGCAACGGCAGAGCCUGGGCGCUGGUGGUCUAAUGCGCAGCGCUGCGGCCGGCACCAACUGGACUCUGGGAGCUUGGGGCAGUUCCUAA